GUGUCCUGUCUCAUUCCUUCAUCUUGCUCUCACACCAAUCCCAUCUCUAUAGCUAUCCGCGAUAGCUCACUGCACUCUGUCAGCUCUCAUAUACAGAUCUCGGGCCUCCUCCUUCCACAGCAUGACUUCAGCGCUUCAAAGCUUGACUUCCGUCCUGCCCUCGAUGGGCAGGGCGAGGUUGCUCAUCAACUCAGCGGAUGAUGUGGUCAUUGUCAGUGCGUGCAGGACGGCCAUCACAAAGGCAAAGAAAGGAGGAUUUAAAGACUGCCUCCCGGAAGACCUCCUCGCCGCUGUCUUCAAAGAGACUCUGAAACGCAGUAAGGUCGACCCGUCGAAAAUCGAGGAUAUCGUGGUUGGAAAUGUGUUGCCCCCAGGCGGUGGAGCCAACGUUGCAAGAAUGGCUCAAUUGUACGCCGGCAUUCCAUACACUACCCCAAUCAACACGGUCAACCGACAAUGCUCUUCCGGUCUCACCGCCGUCGCUCAGAUAGCCAAUGAGAUCAAGUCAGGAGAAAUCGAUAUUGGUAUUGGCGCUGGUGUUGAACACAUGACUGCUCAUUAUGGUGCUGGAGUACUGCCCGAACGCAUGUCAGAUGCGGUCUUGUCAAAUCCUGAAUCUGCCGACUGUCUCCUACCCAUGGGUAUCACUUCUGAGAACGUGGCCAAGCAGUACAACAUUACUCGAGAUGCUCAAGACUCCUUUGCGGCUGACUCUUACGCCAAGGCCGCCGCUGCUCAAAAAGCUGGAAAGUUCCGGGAAGAGAUUGUUCCUGUCAGAGUCAAGUGGAGCGACCCAAAGAGCGAAGAUGAGAAAGAGAUCAUCGUCGAUUCUGACGAUGGCAUCCGAGAAGGAGUGACCAAGGAGUCCCUCUCCAAGCUCAAACCUGCAUUCGCCAAGGACGGUGCCACGCACGCCGGAAAUGCUUCUCAAGUCUCAGAUGGAGCCGCUGCUGUCUUGCUGGCCCGUCGGUCCGUUGCUCAGAAGCUUGGUCUGCCCAUCUUGGGCAAGUUCGUCGUCAGUGCCGUCGUCGGAGUCCCACCAAAGGUCAUGGGUAUUGGGCCGGCAUUCGCCAUUCCCAAAGUCCUGCAAAAGGCCGGCAUCACCAAAGAUGAUGUGGAUUUCUAUGAGAUCAACGAGGCAUUUGCAUCUCAAGCUGUCAUGUCGGUUCAGCACCUGCAUAUCCCCUUCGACAAGGUGAACCCCGUUGGAGGAGCUAUCGCCAUGGGGCACCCGCUCGGUUGCACUGGAGCACGACAGAUUGCCACUGGAUUCAGUGAAGCCAAGCGAGAGAAGAAGAAGGUGUUCGUCACUAGCAUGUGUAUCGGAAGCGGCAUGGGGAUGGCAGCUGUCUUUGUCAAUGAGCAGUGAUGAGCCCUCGUAUCUAUCUGUGUCGGUGACCCCGUUCCUGUAUAGAUUGUGUGUUUGCCCUUGUUGCAGCUCCUUAUUCGCCUCCAAGUGGUCUAUGUAUCGCAUGAACCAGAUGGGAUGAUGCAUAUGCAUAUGUAUCGGAUAAAUAAGGACUAGCACGUGAUUUCGUUGGAGCGAUCUUCUCCGAGCGAUCGUCCUCCACUCUCAUUGAGCAAU